GAGUAUGGGAUGCAGAUUCCCAUGAGAAUCCUUGCUACAUACCUAUUUAUUCAUGUUGCUGUUUUUGUUGUUGUUGUCAGCUAAGGAACUGACGGCACUAGUCAGCUGGAAGUCGCCUAAAUACAAAUAUUUUGAUUAAAUAUUGCGAACCAGGGUACUUGCUGGAUGGGAUUUUCGGCGGUUUGCAGUGUGAUGGGCCUUAAACCCGUCAUGUGUGUGCUGCUCUGUGUAGCUGCCCUCACAGUUUCUGGAGUUUUUUGCAACAAUGAAGAAAACAGUUCACACACCUGGCAGAGCCUGCCAAGACUGCAGGUUACACACAAAGCCUUUUUAAAUCCCAGUUUGUUUAGUGGAUGGGCAGGGGACAAAGUGGAAGCAAGAACCAACACACUUUGUGGAAUAGAGUGCCAGAGCAUUCUGCCAUCAGUCAAGCAGACUGAGCAAGAGAGGAUUCUGGGAUACGAGACGCUGUAUGAAAAUGGCACAAGAAAACAUACAGAUGUCAGCUUGCAGUGGAUAAACAAGACCUCUGGGGAAGCUACUGCAAGAACGCCGGUUCAUAUCCGCAGGAAACGGCAAGUUUAUGGAGUGGAUGGACGCUUUGUGAUAUCAGAUUCAAACUUUAUCACUAAGUACCCAUUCUCCACUGCAGUCCGUCUUUCCACUGGUUGCUCUGGAGUUCUAGUGUCGCCAAAACAUGUGUUAACUGCAGCACAUUGUAUUCACGAUGGUAGAGACUACCUGGAAAGUGCCAGGAGCCUUAAAGUGGGGUUGUUACAGCUCAAACCUGAACGAAGAGGACUAAGAAGAAAGAGGGGAAGGAGACGAAGAGGGAAUAGGAAACAAAUUAAGAUAGAUUUGAGUAGAGCAGAGGAGGAAGGUGAGGAGAGGAAUAGCGUUGGAGGAUUGAAAAAGAGAAGGGGAGGUGAAAGGAGAAGGCACAGAUUAAGAAAAAGGAGUGAUGAGGGAGAAGCUAUUGCUGGAAAAAAGGAGUCUGACAGGAAAAGUAUAAAAGAACAGAAUUUUAGUCAUAUCCGACGUCAUGUAGGACCAGGAAAGCAGACUAUCUUUCGUUGGUCCCAAGUUAAACAAACCCAAAUCCCUCAAGGAUGGAUCCAUACCAAUACCUCCACUGACUCUUUGUCUCUUGAUUAUGAUUAUGCCCUUCUGGAGCUUAAACGCCCAGUCAAACAAAAGCACAUGGAGCUUGGAGUGGCGCCACCUUUACUACCUCUGGCACGCAUUCACUUCUCAGGGUACGACACAGACAAAAGCCUGUCGAAUGGGCGUGGAGAGGAGAAGGUGGUUUACCGUUUCUGCUCAGUGACGAAGGAAUCCAACGAUUUGAUGUAUCAACACUGUGACGCUCAGCGUGGUGCAAUGGGCGCGGGCAUUUAUAUCCGUCUAAGGAAUAAACCCAGAGACAAGGGUGGGAAAAGGACCUGGCAGAGGAGGGUGAUCGGGGUGUUUUCGGGCCAUCAAUGGGUUGAGGUUGGUCAGGGUGAGCAGAUGGACUUCAAUGUUGCAGUGAGGAUCACACCUCACAAAUAUGCCCAGAUUUGUCACUGGAUUCAUGGAGAUUCAGGUUUCUGUAAUGAGGUUUGAGCUCACUGGGCGAUGGAUUAACAUCAGCCAAAUAUGUUUUCACCAUCUCAGAAACGUGCAGAUCAGGGAUGAGGUAGAGUAUCAAGUAUUAUCUAUGCUCCAAAUAUGGAGUGCUUGGAAGAUUUGUGCAGUGUUAAACUGAGAAUAACAGUGAUCUUGUACAUAAAAGAAAGACAAUGAGGAUCAUCCUCAAUCUCUCCUUAACACAGUAUUUCACUAAAGUGCAAUUUGUUCUGACAGCAUGUUUUUACUCAUUACAUUAUUAAGCUUUUUUCUACAGUUAUUGUUAUAGUAUUCCUGUUAUAGAGCUCCUAUUAUCAACAAUCAAAGUGCCAGAAAGAACCAAUAUCAUUUUUUAUAUUUUAAGUCUUACAAAGCCCAUCUAUUUUUUUUUUCAAAUUCCUGUAUUUUCUAAACAUAGCUUGCAAUAAAAUUAGGGUCUCUAAAAAACUUGUCAGGAGUUUAUAAUGUUUUUAAUAGUUUAUAGUUCUGGAAUACCUGCAGGUAGAUCGUAAUGCCUUUGUUUAUGUGCAGAACAUCUGACAAGGACCUAACAUUUUGCAUCCAUUCAUGCUCAGUAAAUCUGUUUUCUUUUUAUUUUUGCAGCAUUUUAACCUUUAUUCUUUAGUUCAACAAAAGGUUCUUUAGUCUUCUAUUAUUUCCAUAAUAGUAUCUCAUUUUUCUCUUUGGAAAAGUAAACACCCCUUUUUCGAUAUCUGUUACCUAACUAAUGUAAUUGAUGUAUGUGUCUUAUUGCCCUUUGAAUUAAAGCAAUUAUUGGCAUACCUCAAA